AAAUACUUUGUAUUAUCUGGUUAUCUUGUUGAAUAUCUAAAAUGAACUUGUAGAUGUGAACUCUAUCAAACAGACAGUAAAGAGACUUUCGCGUGUGACCUGUUUUUGGACGCGACAGACUCAGACUGUGUGGAAACACUUUUUUUUUUUUUUACCACCUUGAUAAAUAAAUACCCACUCUUUCUUUUCGAAACUGCCAUGCAUAAACACCACGUUGUAACAACAAUAAACCCAGAAACUGCAGUUACUUGUGCAGCCAAAGGAAAAUUCAUCAAUGCAAAUGAAGACAACCUGAUUAUUUGCAAAGGAUCUACGAUCGAAAUUUAUGAGGUCCUGCUCAAUGGCAUAAAAACAUUUACAAAGUUCAACAUUUUUGGUGUGAUCAGCUCCAUUCAAGUUUUGCAAUUGACAUCUCGCAACACAUGCUCUUUAUUCUUGGUGACCGAUCAACAUUACUUUACAGUUUUGACUUACAGUCCGCUUACCCAGUCGAUUAUUACUGAAGGACAUGGCAUUUUAGAGGAAACAAACGCACGUGUAUCUGAUCAACCUAUUAGCACCGCGGUCGACAAAGAAACCAACACUGUUUUUAUCAGUGCAUUCACAGGAAUUUUAUUCGCUGUGACACCACCAAAGUCAUCUACAGAAUCGUUCAAACCUAUGCCGAUUCGAACGCACGAAUUUGAUAUAACAUCUAUGGUGUCGCUUAAAGGAAUUCAACAUUCAGCGAUUGCCACCUUGUCAGGCGAAAUAAGCGAGUUAAAAUAUAUCAAGGCUUUCAAGUACAAACCUGGAUCAAACGAAAUUAUCAACGAUGAAAAAUUGACAUGCAAAGUCGAAGCUACUACGCAUACAUUGGUUUCUGUACCAGAACCUAUUGGUGGUAUAUUAGCUAUUGGAGAAUAUAUCAUUUCAUAUCAUGAUCUCAAUUUUACCUCGGGAGGAACCAAAGAAUUAAGUAUUGAUCUGGUGACAGUCACUGCGCAUACGUUUUUGCAUGAUAGUUUCAACCAGUGUAUUUUAGGGGAUUCAGAAGGCUAUUUAUACUUGCUUACGUUGGAAAUCAGUAAUAUGAAGGUGACUGGAAUAGUUAGUACCCUUAUCGGUCAAGCUUCAUUACCAAACACGAUUAUCGACUUAGGAAACAAUUUGCUUUAUAUUGGAUCAUGCCAAGCAGACUCGUGUAUUGUAAAACUUGUUCCAAAUACCCUAAGAAAAUAUACAGUGGAAGUCAUUCGCACCUUUUCGAAUUUGGGACCUAUUGUUGAUUUCUGUUUAUUUGAUUAUGAUGGACAGGGAGAGCAAACGAUGGUAUGCUGUUCGGGCGUCGAUAAAAAUGGUAGUCUUCGUAUUGUAGAAAAUGGCGUGGGAUUUACAGAAAAUUUUAUCUUGGACAUUCCAUUAACAAGUGAUAUUUGGACAUUGGGUGGGAAAUUGUUGGUUGUUUCAACAGCUUUUGAAACCAUGUUUUUAAAGCCAAUAAACCCCUUUGAAAUGGUAGAAUAUCAAUCGACUGGAGCAUUAGUGUUAAAUGAAAUUACGCUGGCUACUGCAUUGACCCCAGGAAAUAAUAUUAUUCAAGUCACUCCAUCAUCCGUUCGUCUUGUGUCUCAUGAAGCUGUGCAAUUAUUAGCAGAAUGGCAACCACCUUAUCAGGAAAAGAUUGUGAUGGCUAAAGUAACUGCAACUCAAUGUGUACUCUGUUAUGGAACAGGAAUGCUUGUUUAUUUGGAAAUUGCAGAUAAUGCACUGAUUCCAACAAGUGUCAAACAAUUUCCAGAUAUUGCAUGCAUAAAUUUAAGCCUUAAACACGAGAAUGGUACAGAUAAAGACUAUGUUACAAUUGGUAUGUGCUCCACGCCUUUAGUCCGAAUUAUGCAGCUGCCCUAUUUGAACCCUGUGCUUGAACUUGCAUUGGAUCAUAUACCCGUAAUAAAGGAUGUUCUUCUGACUAGAUUAGAAGGAGUCCAAUACUUUAUGAUACUAUUAGGCGACGGAACUUUAUUAAGUUACAAAAUAACAUUAAAAAAUGACUCAGCCGCAACGUUGGCUGAUCAGAGACAAACAAUGGUCGGAACCUACAGCAAUGCAAUGUACCCCUUUAUUCAAGAUGGACAGCAAAAGAUCUUUGUUGCAGGUAUUCGACCUACCAUCGUCAGCAGUUGGCAUGGAACUCUAUUCUUUUCUAUUGUCAAUUUAAAGAAUGUUUAUGCACUAGCUCCUUUUGACAAUAUGCUUAUAUUGAUGACUGAUAAAGGCCUGUUAUUUGGUCAAACGGAUUCCGGUCAAAAACUCCAUCAUACAAAAAUUGAACUUGACGGAGAAAUGCCCACCAAUAUCGAAUAUUUCCCCGUGUCUAAAUUUUUAGCUGUAGGUACUGUCACUAGCCAAAAAGAUGUGAAUAAUGAGUAUGUUAAGCGUAUUGGAAAAAUCCAAAUUCUUGACGCACAGACAUUUAAAGCUAUAGACAGUUACAGUCUACCAACAAAUGAAGUUGUCCAAAGUCUGGCUGUAGCUAAAUUCAGUGCUUACCCAAAUCAAGAGUAUUUGUUUGUCGGAACCAUCAUCGAAAAAGAAGAUGACCCGGAUCAUGAUACUGGUCGAAUUCUUGUAUUUGAUUUUAAAGAGAAUAGUCAGUGUGAGUUACUUGAUCAAGUAUCAGUACCUGGUGUUGUGUAUAGCAUGAAAGCAUUCCAAAAUUCCAUGGUUGCGUCAGUGAACGGAUCUAUUUAUACACUGCAAAAGUUUCAGCCGGACUUACCCAUGGGCGAAAGAAUCGAAUUUAAAUCCAAUCUUCAUAAUAAUGUGAUAGCAUUAAAUCUAGAUACAUUUGGUAAUCGCGUAUUGGUUGGAGAUUUAAUGCAAUCUGUAUCGGUAUUGGAAAUGACGGAAAAGGAUCCUUUGUCAUUAAAAUUGUACGCUAAUGACACCAAACCAGCGUGGUUGACAGCUGUCAAAUUUAUCAGCGAAAGCGUGUAUAUCGCAGCCGAUGAUAAAAACAACCUCUUUACAUUAACUGUGGAUAUGACCCGACAACCUAUUCCCAAAUCUUCUUCCAGCAGCUAUACAAUGCCUAUUGGAGAAGUCAAGCGAUUGACUUUGGAAGGUGGAUUUCACAUUGGAUCACUAAUUAAUUGUUGUAGACAAGAUAUUUUAAUGGAUGUAUUAUCUAAUCUGACGAAACAAGAAGAUACAAAUGCCACUCGAUCACGAAUCACAGCAACGUAUAGCCCAUUUACUUUUGCGACAAUUCACGGAUCUAUUGGAACGGUUAAGACUAUAUCCGAGGAUUCGUACCUUUUUUUCAAGCAAAUUCAAGAUUGUAUAUUAAAAGAAUUCAAUAAUAUUGGUGGACUGGAUCAUACGUUAUGGAGGAAUUUCAAACCAACGAUUCAUUAUAAUACGGAACAAGACAGUAAUUAUUUGGAUGGUGAUCUAUUAAAAUCAUUCCAACAAUUAAACAACUUUUCCAAACAAAGAGUUGUGGAUGGGUUACCGACAACAGAAUUUAAAGUGGUGGACAUUGAACAGUUUAUAAAUACUUUGGUUGCUUGA